AUGCAGCGUUCAUCCGUACGUUCCCAAGUCGUUCAAAAAACUUUUCUCGUUUGGUUAGAUUCAAACAUUCACGAAACCAACAACGAUUGUCGUUACUCAUUAAUUCAACUACGGCGCAUCGUUAAUACUAUCGACAUAUUCAACAACGCUGAUGAAUGCAUUGAUUUUCUGGCUAAACUUAAAGAUGAAAAGGUUUUUAUGAUUGUGUCUGGUGCUUUCAGUGAGCAGACAAUAUCUAUCAUACAUAAUAUGCCUCAAAUUGAUUCAAUCUAUAUUUUUUGUGCCAAUAAGUCAUGUGAUGAACAACGAGGGAAAGCGUGGUUCAAAGUAAAGGGUGUUUUCAAUCAAAUUGUGCCUAUUUGUGAAUCAAUCAAACAAACUGCAAGACGUUGUGAGCAAGAUUCUAUGUCUAUGAGUUUUGUUCCGUCUGGCGGUACAUCAAUUCAAAAUUUAGACCAAAUCGAUCCAUCAUUUAUGUACACACAAUUAUUUAAAGAAAUUUUUAUGGAAAUAAAAUUCGAUAAACAACAUAUUAAAGAUUUGACCACCUACUGUUAUGAUCAGUACGCUAAAAACGACCACGAAUUAAAAGUUAUCCAAGACUUCGAGCGAAAUUAUCGUCAAGAUCGAGCCAUCUGGUGGUAUACUUGUGAAUACUUCUUGUAUGCAAUGCUCAAUCGAGCUUUACGCACUCUGGAAGUAGAUAUUAUCAUUAAGAUGGGUUUCUUUGUUCAUGAUCUUCAUAGAAAUAUCGAACAAUUGCACUUGGAACAAUCUAGUGAAUAUGUACAACCAUUUAUUGUAUAUCGAGGCCAAGGUAUGUCAAAAAGAGACUUCUCAAAAAUGAUGAAAACAAGAGGUGGACUCUUUUCAUUCAACAACUUUGUGUCGACAAGUGCAGACCGAGAUGUUUCUUGCGCUUUUGCUGACAGCAAUCGAGAUAAUCCCGAUUUGAUAGGAGUUCUUUUUGAAAUGACAAUCGAUCCAUCGAUCUCGUCGACUCCGUUUGCUGAUCUACGUAAUGUUAGCCAGUUUUCAUCAGAGAAAGAGAUUCUCUUCUCAAUGCAUACCGUAUUUCGUAUCGGUGAAAUUAAGCAACUUGAUGAAACCAGUCGGCUAUGGCAGGUCGAACUCACACUGACGAGUGAUAAGGAUCAACAGCUUAACGAACUCACUAAACUGAUACGAGAAAACAAGUCGUUUCAAGGUUCAAAAGGAUGGUAUCGACUCAGUGAAUUGCUCAUUCACCUAGGUGAGUUUAACAAAGCCGAACAGAUUUACCGAAUACUAUUCAGCAUGGCAUUAGAUGAGGAUGAACGAGCGGAAACUACUCAUCAGCUCGGACUGGUUAAGAAUUAUCAAGCGGACUAUGCCGGAGCACUUGUAUUUUACGAAAAAGCUCUUCAAAUCUUACGAAAAAUUCGUCCACGAAAUCAUCCUGAUUUAGCUAAUUCGUAUAGUAGCAUCGGCGGGAUAUAUGACAAUAUGGGAAAGUACACGAAAGCAGUUUCAUUUUAUGAAAAAUCACUUGCAAUAUUACAAAAAACUCCUUCUCCAAACCAUUCCAAUUUGGCCACUGCAUUGAGCAACAUCGGUUUGGUGUAUGACAAUAUGAAAAACUACACAAAAGCACUUUUCUUUCAUGAAAAAGCACUUGAAAUUCGGCAAAAAACUCUGCCUGUAAAUCAUCCUGAUCUGGCUCAGUCUUACAACAACAUGGGCUUGCUAUAUAACAACACAGGAGACUAUUCAAAAGCAUUUUUGUUUUACAAACGCGCUGUCGAAACUGGACAGCUAUCACUGCCUGCAAAUCAUCCUCAUCUUCAAAUAUAUCGAAAGAGCCUCGACAUUGUGAAAAGAAAAUUGUAA